UUUUAGUGAAAAUAAGUGUUUCUGUGACUGCUUAAAAGAAGCCAGAUACACUAAUUUUAGCAGAAUUCAGAGACUGAACAAGAUUUAGAACUUAUAAGGCUGUGAGAGAAAGAGGAUGCUCACUGUCUCGAUUGGAAGUCUGAGAACCACCAGCCCACAGAAAUGGCUCAGUGGGUAAAAGGACUUGCUAUCAAGCCUGAGGACCUGAGUUCGAUUCCCAUUAGCCACAAACAACAUCCACAGACACACAGAAAAACUAAGGCUGGGCCAACAUGGCAUCUGUGUUUCGAAGCGAGGAGAUGUGUCUAUCCCAAGUGUUUCUCCAGGUGGAGGCCGCAUAUUGCUGUGUAGCCGAGCUGGGAGAGCUUGGCUUGGUUCAAUUCAAAGACCUAAAUGCAAAUGUGAACACCUUCCAGAGGAAGUUUGUGAAUGAAGUCCGGAGGUGCGAGUCGCUGGAGAGAAUCCUCCGUUUUCUGGAAGAUGAGAUGCAAAAUGAGAUUCUAAUGCAGGAGCCUGAGAAGAAUCCGGAGACUCCUCUCCCCCGGGAAAUGAUCACCCUGGAGACCACUCUGGAGAAAUUGGAAGGAGAGUUACAGGAAGCCAACCAGAACCAACAGGCUUUGAAGAAGAGCUUUUUGGAACUGACAGAACUCAAAUACCUCCUAAAAAAAACCCAGGACUUUUUUGAGACAGAAGCCAACUUAGCUGAAGAUUUCUUUGUUGAAGACACUUCAGGUCUCUUGGAGUUAAGAACCAUACCUGCAUUCAUGGCUGGAAAGUUGGGGUUCACAGCUGGUGUGAUCAACAGGGAGAGGAUGGCUUCCUUUGAGAGGCUGCUGUGGAGAGUUUGCCGGGGAAAUGUGUACUUGAAGUUUAGUGAAAUGGACACACUUCUGGAGGAUCCAGUGACGAAAGAAGAAAUUAAAAAGAAUAUAUUCAUCAUAUUUUAUCAAGGAGAACAGCUCAGGCUGAAAAUCAAGAAGAUCUGCGAUGGGUUCCGUGCUACCAUCUAUCCCUGCCCAGAACCUGCAGCUGAGCGCAGAGAGAUGCUGGCCAGUGUCAACGUGAGGCUGGAAGACUUAAUCACUGUCAUUACCCAAACCGACUCUCACCGCCAGCGCCUGCUACAGGAAGCAGCCGCCAACUGGCACUCGUGGGUCAUCAAGGUACAGAAGAUGAAGGCUGUCUACCAUGUCCUGAACAUGUGUAACAUUGACGUCACCCAGCAGUGCAUCAUCGCUGAGAUCUGGUUCCCCAUAGCGGACACCAGGCACAUUAAGAAGGCCCUGGAGCAAGGCAUGGAACUCAGUGGCUCUUCCAUGGUCCCCAUCAUGACAGAGGUGGAAACUAAAACAGACCCUCCCACCUUCAAUAGGACCAAUAAAUUUACAGCUGGCUUCCAGAACAUUGUCGAUGCAUACGGUGUAGGUAGCUACCGAGAGAUAAACCCAGCUCCCUACACCGUCAUCACCUUCCCCUUCCUCUUCGCUGUGAUGUUUGGAGAUUGUGGUCACGGAAUGGUGAUGCUAAUGGCAGCCCUGUGGAUGGUUCUGAAUGAGCGGCAACUGCUGGCUCAAAAGAGCACCAAUGAGAUCUGGAACACCUUCUUCAAUGGGCGCUACCUGAUCCUGCUAAUGGGCAUCUUCUCCAUCUACACCGGCUUGAUCUACAACGACUGCUUCUCCAAAUCUUUUAACAUCUUUGGCUCCUCUUGGAGUGUCCAGCCCAUGUUCAGAAACGGCACAUGGAAUGCUCACGUAGUAGAAAAGAGUCCAUAUUUGCAGCUGGACCCAGCCAUCCCAGGAGUGUAUUCUGGAAAUCCUUACCCAUUUGGGAUUGAUCCGAUUUGGAACCUGGCUGCAAACAAACUCACAUUUUUAAACUCCUAUAAGAUGAAGAUGUCAGUCGUCCUGGGGAUUAUUCAUAUGAUUUUUGGUGUUAUUCUCAGUCUCUUCAAUCACAUUUACUUCCGAAGACCCCUCAACAUCAUUCUGCAGUUCAUCCCCGAGAUGAUUUUCAUGCUGAGUCUGUUUGGCUACCUGGUUUUCAUGAUCAUUUUCAAGUGGUGUCGAUAUGAUGCCCACACAUCCCGGAAGGCUCCCAGCAUCCUCAUCCACUUCAUCAGCAUGUUUCUGUUUGACUACGAUGACUCCAAUGCACCCCUGUACAGCCAUCAGCAAGAAGUCCAAACUUUCCUUGUCAUUAUAGCAUUGGUCUCUGUGCCCUGGAUGCUUCUGAUUAAGCCAUUUAUUCUCAGAGCCAAGCACCAGAAAUCUCAGCUGCAUUCUUUCACGAUCCAUGAGGAUACUGUGGAUGACAUGGAGGGUGGCCACGCAAGCACCUCUGUUAAGAAGACUGCAGGUGCCCAUGGGACUAAGGGCGACCACGACGAGGAGUUUAACUUUGGAGACAUCUUUGUCCACCAAGCCAUCCACACCAUUGAGUAUUGCCUGGGCUGCAUCUCCAACACAGCCUCGUACCUUCGGCUCUGGGCCCUCAGCUUGGCUCAUGCAGAGCUGUCUGAGGUGCUCUGGACCAUGGUGAUGAGUGUCGGCCUUCGCCUUCGAGGCUGGGGAGGGCUCAUUGGGGUCUUCAUCAUUUUCGCCUUCUUCGCCGUCCUCACAGUCGCCAUCCUGCUCGUCAUGGAGGGGCUCUCAGCCUUUCUGCAUGCACUCCGGCUGCACUGGGUGGAAUUUCAGAACAAGUUCUACGAGGGGGCAGGCUCCAAGUUCUCCCCCUUCUCCUUUAAGCACAUCCUGGAAGGGGCGACUGAAGAGUAGACCUGUCUGCAUCGCCGCCGGUGCCAGUGCCAGCUGAAGAGGGUCACUCUUAUCUCCGAUGUCAGCCCAGGCCGGCUGUCCCAUGCCUACAGCCCUUCUUUGCUACCUGAAGUAUGAGGCUGUGCAAGGCGUGGCAUGUGACAGGAUUUAGCCACCUAUCUGAGGGGCUACUCUGGUGAAACAUUUGGACUUCCUGUGUAGUCUUUGUAAUUAAAUACUAAAAUAACUGGGAGAUGGAGGUGGGGUUGGGGGAGGGGACACUAGCCCACUAUCUCCUGCAAUAGUUUAUUUUUAAUUUUACUUUAUAUCUGUUUUGAAACAAGGUCUCAUUUGAGCUCUAACUGUCCUGGAAACAACAUUGUAGCCAAGGAUGGCCUUGACCUCCAGUUCCUCCUGCCCCUAUAUCCCAGUUGCUGAGGUCACAGGAGGGAGCCUCCACACAUGGAUCUCCUGCCGCAUUUCAAGUGUUAUAAUCACAAAAUUAAAUGUCUGCUU